AUGCUCGAACCACAGAUAUAUCAGCUAUCCGUUGGACAGGCCUUUGAUGGCCUGAGUGACAGCGAAAAGUGCUAUGCACAUUAUAUGGCUCGGGCUGCAUGGAGCGGCACGAGAAUUAUUCUUCGACAGGUAUCUCCUGAAUCAAACGACAUCUUCGACUUCAUAACCGCCUUGUAUCAUGCGUAUGGUGGGAAUUGGGAAAAGCUUGCAACGAAGACACAGGUUGAUUCCGAAGAAGUUGAAAGAUUUCUCAAUUACGCUGCGAUGUUCUUGUCGAAUGUUGGGAAUUAUUUCGGCUCUGGAGAUCAAAAGAUUUUGCCGGGGAUAUCUAAAGAGAGUCUCGCGAAGCUGGCAUCACUCUCGAAAACCGCUAGUGCUAUAUUCAGCCGUGUUAAGGAACCUAUGUUUGCAGAGACUCCUAGUAGCUUAGGUGCCCCUGGCCCCUAUACACAAACUGCUUAUUACCUUGGAGACGAAUGUUUAGUGUCUCGGGAAGAUGUCAACGCUAUAUCAACAAUCAUGGAAGAAAACGCGAUACUGCCGGAGAAUACCCGCCUGAGAAGAUAUGAUACCGGUGGAAAGCCCAGGUACGAAAUUCUGCAAGCAUCAGUAGAGGAGGAUGAAUACGUCCUCAGAAGCAAGCAUAAAACUUCCACGAUUGGCCAAGUUCGACUAGUAAAAGGCGACUACAAAGAGGAACUUGAGAAAGUGUGCUGCUACUUACAAGAAGCCCUUGAAUAUACCCCCAACCCUGCUCAACGGCUGAUGCUGGAAAGGAUACAUGGGAGUUUCCUGACCGGUGACCUGAGAGACUAUAAAGAGGGACAAAAUUUCUGGGUUACUGAUAAAGCACCUGCUGUUGAAACCGUUAUGGGGUUUGUCGAGCCGUAUAGAGACCCUUUGGGUGUUCGUGCGGAGUUUGAGGGGAUUGUUGGUAUAGCGGAUACUGCAGAGACGAGUCGGUUACACUGUCUCGCGGACAUAGCCGAUAGUAUUGUUUGCAGAUUACCGUGGGUAAAGGAUUACGGGACAUCCAAAGGACCCUUUGAGAAGGAGAUGUUUGAACCACCCGAUUUUUCAAGCGUUCAAAGUCUUGCCUAUUGCUCGAGUAUAGUCUUCCCGGGCAUUAAUCUUCCCAACUAUAACGACAUCAGACAGGAAACCGGGUAUAAGAACAUCAUAUUCUCGAACCGCAUGGUGUCUGAGAGCAGCCGAGCAAGAGGUCUACAUAUGGUCGACCCAAGCGAGCAGGAAGCCUUCAAGAGACAUAGGUUCCAUUCGUACUACAUUUGGGUGUUACUACAUGAGAUACUGGGACAUGGGACUGGAAGACUCCUAAGCGAAUCAUCCCCUGGUAACUUCAAUUUCGAUCCUCAGAACCCACCCUUGAAUCCUUUGACUGGGAAGCCAGUCGAAAGCUGGUAUCGCCCAUGCCAGACAUGGACUAGCGUUUUUGAAGACCUUGCGACGACUGUGGAUGAAUGCCGAGCAGAAAUUGUUGGCGCAUAUCUCAUUGAUGAGCCUGAAAUCUUGGGGCUAUUUGGAUAUGAUGAAAACAGUGAAGUCACGGCUGAUGACGUCAUAUACAAUAUGUACUUGCAACUUGGUGUAGACGGGCUACGGGGCCUUGAGAACUAUGAUCCCAUCACGAAGAAAUGGAGACAAGCGCAUAGUCGAGCUCAUUAUGCGAUGCUCCAACAUCUUCUCCGCGACAGUGACGGGCUGUACACAAUCCAUCUCGAUCGCGAAAAUAAUCGCCUGACAGUCUACAUCGACCGUUCCCAGGUUCUCCAAAAGGGAAAACCAUCACUAAGCCGGAUACUGUUACAGCUACAUAUAUACCGGUGUACCGCGGACAAAGAAAAUUGUCGAAGGUUCUACGAGGGUCUUUCACGUGUGGACGACGAGGCACUGAAGUGGAGAGAAGUGGUUAUUUCCAGGAAAGAUCCCCCGUUGGUGUUUUGCCACGCGAAUACGUUUGUGGAUGAGGAAGAGGAUGAGGUUGUGUUGAGGGAAUAUGAGCCGACCAGUCGCGGGGUUAUCCAAAGUUGGAUCGAAAGGGAUAUUGAUGAUGCUCUAUAG